AUGCCCUACCGCACACGCCGGCCCCCACGAGCCCUCCGUGUCCAUGGCCUCAUGACGCCGCUACAUCCACCGCCGUCAAGUCUCAGUAGGAGGAACAUCAACACCACGUCCAACACGCAGUCUCAGGCUCCCUCCCCGCCCAUCCCAGGCGACGCCAUCACGCUCCCCUCCGGCCGCCAGCUGGGCUACCACACCGCCGGCCCCCCAACGGGCACCCCCAUAAUCUACAUCCACGGGCACCCCGACUCCGGCCUCAGCAUCACGGGCGCCCUCGAAACGCGCGCCGCCCACGACCGCCACGUGCGCUGGAUCGGUCCCGAUCGUCCCGGCGUCGGCCUCUCCACGCCCUACGACGCCCAGGAAGUGCUCGACUACCCGUCCGACAUCGAGUCGCUGGUCGCGCACCUGGGCCUGCAGCGCAGCGGCUACUACAUGGUCGGCACGAGCGGCGGCACGGGCUUCGCGCUCGCCUGCGCCAAGCACCUCCCGCCCUCGGAGCUACGGGGUGUCGGCAUCUGCGCCGGCGUCGGGCCCUGCGAGGCCGGCUUCGCGAGCAUGAGCGACUUGCAGUGCCAGGCCUUGGAGGCGUGGCGCGAUCACCCGGCGGAGUUCAGGGAGUGGUACGAGACGCAGUACGUGCCGCUGGCGCAGCUGGACGACGACGGCGUGGCGCUGGCGAGGAAGCUGCGCGCGGACUUCGAGGCGGGCUUCGAGGGGAGGGACCGGGAGGUGUUGCUCGAGGAGAACGCGUUCAACAUGGCGGUGAGGGUGCUGCGGCAGGCGUGGUGCCAGGGCGCGUGGGCGCACGCGAAGGGCAUGGAGUUCCACUGGCGGCCGUGGGGGUUUCGGCUUGAGGACGUGGCGUUCCCGGGGAGGGUGAGGCUGUGGUAUGGCGGAGAGGACGUGUCCGCUACGCCGGCGAUGGGGCGGUUCAUGGCGGAGAGACUUGGAGGGGAUGCGGUGUAUAGGGAGUUUAAGGGGGAGAGCCACUAUACGCUCUGGCGGGAGGGAAAUCUGCAGGCGAUGCUGCGGGAUUUGCUGGGGAGGUAG